UCCAGAAAGGAAUAUGCAGUUGAAGAACUCUUCCCCGCACCUCCAGUUAUUUCCACAUCAAGACAGAUGCCCCUGGGAGAGGACUAGUCUUGUGGUUAAGGCACCGGCCUAGGACUAGAGAAACCGGGGACCAAUUCCUGGCUUGGGCACAGCCUUCCUGUGUGAUUUCGGCCGAGAUGCUUCAUUCCUCUGUGCCUCCAUACCCCCAUCUGUACGUGGGGAUAACACUUCCUGAUCCCGGAGGAGUAUGUGAGGGUAGAUGUCCUUAAGAUUCAGGUGGCGCUCACCUACCGCAGUCAGCAAAGUUGGCACCAGCAGCCUUUAUUAAUAUUUUAUGUAUGGGACUGUAAUUAAUGUAAUUGAUCCAUAUUCAUUAUAAUAAAUGGACUGCUGAGUGGGGACAUGGAGAAGGGUGAAGCACUGGUUCCCCCAAGCCUAGGGAGUGCAUUGGGUGACUGCUCCCCCCCCCCCCCAAUAAUGGGGGAGUCAUUGUGGCUGGUUCCCCCAGGUGUGGAUGGGCGCAUUGCGGGGGAGGGGGAACACUACUGUAAAGCUCUCCUGCGCUACCCUGGGCUCCCUCUUUCCAUGUGCUGGCUCGUUGCGCCACCUAGCGGCAACUUCCACGGCCGGCAUCUAAGGCCCCCAUUCUGUCGGCGGAUAAAUAUCCCGCUGACAGCGCCUUUAAGCGGAAAGUACCAAGUGCGGGGGUUCUUGUUCAUACGUUAUUUGAGUCGAGGUCUUCCCAACUCGGUCGGGAUGGGGUCUGCGAGCGCGGCCGAGUGAGCGAGGAGCGCCACCGUGGCUGAGCCGGGGCCGACCUAGGCCGGGGCGAGGGAGCUGGUAACUGGGAUCUCCCCCUCCGCAGAUGGGCCAGUAGUUCAGUCCAACAUGGCUGCCACCAUGAAGAAAGCGGCUGCUGAAGAUGUCAAUGUUACUUUUGAAGAUCAACAGAAAAUUAACAAAUUUGCAAGAAAUACCAGUAGGAUCACAGAGCUGAAAGAAGAAAUAGAAGUUAAAAAGAAACAACUUCAGAAUUUGGAGGAUGCAUGUGAUGACAUGAUGAUGCUUGAUGAUGAUGAUUCCAUACUGAUACCCUAUCAGAUUGGUGAUGUCUUUAUCAGUCAUUCCCAAGAUGAGACACAAGAGAUGCUGGAGGAGGCAAAGAAAAACUUACAAGGAGAAAUUGAAGCGUUAGAAUCUCGAGUGGAAUCAAUUCAGAGGGUAUUAUCUGACCUGAAGGUUCAGCUUUAUGCAAAAUUUGGAAACAAUAUAAACCUUGAGGCUGAUGACAGUUAAUUUUUUUUCGAAAUACACAGGAUGUAGUUUUUUGUAUUGGUUUAUUAAAUGUGACUCUUGACAUUUCCCUUCUUUCCAAUAAUGUUUUUUUAAAAAAUCCUACUCCUUUAUUGUUUUAUAGCUUUCCAGUCAUGAGUUCUACCUAUAUAAUGAAAGCUUUCUUAUUUUGCUUACCUACAAUUAUUUAUUUGUUUCAGGAAAAGCAAUAGCCUUCCAUGUAUUGCUGAUGCACAUCAAGACUGAGAUCUUUACAUUCUCUUUAUUAAAAUAAUAAUAAAGUCAAGCAAAUAUCAUA